GAACUUCAGUCAACUACGACCAGCACAAGGAGCAGCAACAUUCGCCGAGACUUAUUGGCUUUGUUCUCUGUCGCAAUUUGCUUUUUCAUCAACAACAACAAAGUGUGUGAUAAUCGUUAGCAAUGGCGACAACUAUCCAGAUGACCAAUGAGCAACUUCACGCGCUCAUCGAGGCUGUUCGCUCGUCGGCGGUUAACGCAGCCGGCAAUGCCGCUGCUGCUACUAGCGAAGCCUCAAAGACAAAAGGAAGUUUCAGCGCCUGUACACACAAAUUCGGCGGUACUCGCAGCCACGACGAGGUCGAGGAGUUCAUCACAAAUAUUGUCACCUACAAGGAACUGGAGGACAUCAGCGAUGAGAAUGCCUUGAAGGGCAUAUCCCUGCUUUUCAAUGGCAUUGCAUCCACCUGGUGGCAGGGCGUACGCAAGGAGGCAAAGUGCUGGAACGAUGCCAUCAGCCUUAUUCGCGAGCACUUUUCGCCCACUAAGCCGGCUUACCAGGUCUACAUGGAGUUCUUCGAGAAGAAGCAGCCCGACUCCGUUGCCAUCGACACCUUCGUGAUCGAGAAACGUGCGCUGCUCGCCCAACUGCCGGUGGGACGGCACAACGAAGAAACCGAACUGGACUUUCUCUACGGCCUGCUCAACAUCAAGUACCGCCAGCACAUUCCUCGCCAAAAUAUCUCAACAUUCCGCGAUCUGCUCGAGCAGGGCCGCAUCAUUGAACACAACGACCUGGAGCAGGUUGAGGCGCAACCAAAAGGACCGCUACGCGGUGCUAAUCGCGUUGAACGCUGUACCUACUGCAAUUUCCGCGGUCACACGUUCGAGGUCUGUCGCAAGCGGCAGACGCGGGAUCAGACGAAUGCGGCGAACUAAACAUCAAACAUACGCACACGCACACGCAAUAAACGGGACAUGACAUCAUCGACAUCUACAACAACACCAACAUGCGCAGGGCGCAUAUUUGGAUGCCUACGUCAAUGUUCUCUCACCAUCUCUCUCACAUUAAAACUCACUUUGUCAGCUGGCCUCACAUGGACACGAGGAGAGUGGAAAAUGACAACAUUGAAGAACAACAGUUGCACACUCAGAAAGCUCUAGCAGCUUUUUGCCUAUGUCAGUUUUUGACUCUCAUUCAGCAUCAAGUGGCGUGCGGGCCGGCAAAGCAGAGCCAAAAUAACGGCAUUUCGAUGUCGCAUACACUUCACGCCGAAACUUCGGCUCAAUUUGGCUGUGAACGCCAGCGUAAAUGAUUUUUCGUGAUUACUAAUCACAACUGGAACUCUACUACAAGCGGUGAACUUGUUCACCAACCCUCGAGCGUCAGGAUUUGGAGAAAUGCGGCGCACGCAUUUCGCCCCUAGGCUAAGUUGUUGAGCGGCGUGUGGCGCAGCCAAGCAGCGACGCUUGCUCGUGCAUUGUUUAUCUCUGCACAGUUCCGAAGAACUGUGCAGUCGGUGAGCUUUGUGCGGGGCCAGCGUCGUUGCCUGUGCUACGUUUGCGUCGGCUCAGCAACUCGGGCUGUGAUGGGUGUUGCGUGUGCUUUGCUUUUCCCCUUUUCUUGUCGCUCAAAACCCGCUGCCUUGACCUAGUGUUUGCGCAACGUAGCUGUGGUGCCGUACGCUGCAUUCAAGCAGAGGGCGUGAAGCUUUGCUGGCUUCGGCCAGUGGAUCUAUGCGCUGCUCACUUGUCGCUUAGUUCGAAACUACAGCUGCUUUCGCGUCGAUGCUUAGUCAAUGCAGCAAAAAAAAAAACACGUCCAUGGGAAGACAACGCAGUGGCUUUUGUGUGUCGCAAGCUACGAGGAGCAACUCCACGCCGCUGCUCAGCUCUGGCAGCGCGCUGCGGUUUACUUAGGGUGCGUUGCUGUAGUUCGCUUCGGUGCGCUGCAGCAGCUCGCUUUGGUGAACUGUAGCGCUGCUGCUAACUGGGUUCGGCUUGAAGUUGUGGCCUUUGCUGGUUGCUUCUGCGCGACAGCCGCUGCUGAGGCUUGGUCAUGGGCAAACUUUCAUUUUCUUUUACAGAAAAUCGAAAAAAACAACCAAACUUUUUAAACCGACAUUUUUAAUGUCAAACUAUGUAUUACAUCGCACUACAAUGGCUAUGCUCUCGCCAUUCGUGCGGUUGGCACGCUAAAUUAUCAGGUACCGGUGGCAGUUCCUUCUUUGGAGCUGCACUUGCCUGGUAAGCGUUAGGCACGCCAGCUCUCACACACAUACACAAAACCGGGGCUUCCGAUUCGUCGCUCCUUGCCGCUCCAGAUUGUGGCGACUGUCGAGGAGCUCCACAAUGUUGCAGUGCAGUCUCUUGUGCAGACUCCAUAGGCGCGUAGUGCCAUUCCUAACAACGUCUGUGUCUCACACACCAUGGUAGCCGUUGCUCUGCCGCGUGCGCCAUCUUUUUUGGAGCACAUUGGCCAAUCAUAUCGUAGCAGACGCGGCGGUCUGCGUUUCCCGAUGAAGUGUGCGCGAUGUCCAACACUCUUCGGCAUUCGCAUACUCCUCAAGCUGGGGGCCUAUCGACGACCACAAGAGGCUGCAAUCAACACAAAAUCAUCAACAACCCAGAAACUGAGAUCAUCUCAAACAAAUACAAAAAAAAACUACUCAAACCAAA